CUCAGUGCGCAAGAGUGCAAGAUGUAUACUCCGAGGAGAAUGUGGUUUCCUUAUACGAAAUUACGUUACUGGUUAAAAAGAAUUGCAUGUAGGGAGAUCGUUUCCCUAGCAUGGUAAACGGCCGUGUAAUGAUUUCGUUAAUUAAUUUAACUGUGUCAACAAUAAAGACAUUUAAUUGCACCACGUAAGGUUUUUAGUGCAGUAGUGACUGAGGUGGCGACGGUGAUGAUAGGAGAAGUGGUGAUAAUAGCGGUAGUGUUGGCGGCAACCACAAUGAUAUGUAAUGAGAGUUUCGUAAAAGAUGAGGAUUUGUAUAACUCGUGUAUAUUGGACAUUACUUUUCAUAUCGAUUGCUUCCAGUGCACUCUUAUUCAUAAUCGUAGCCUCAGAAAAUGCACAAAGUACUUAUUAUAUGUCUUUGAAAAGAAAUGAAACAUCUGAGAUCUAUGAUAAUGACACAUUGGACAACAUGGGAAGUGAUAGUUUAGAAUCAUCCAACAUAGCUAUCAUCAAAUUAAAAGAAACAAUGAAAUUGGAGAGAAAUUACAAGGAUCAUUAUUAUCAAGAAAAAUUUGCUAAAAAGCCUAUCAACUCUGAAACACUUGUUCAUGAUGAAGCAAGGAAGAAAGAUGAUCUGUAUAAAGAUGUUCAUUUUGUAGCUGAGAGUCUUCCUCAACAACCCAAUUUAUCUCAGGGAAUUUCUGAAACUGAACAAGCAACAGUUUUAACUCUGGUGAAUACGGCUGCAGCAGAAUUACAAAGUUUAGUAGAACCAAAGUUCAGUUCGGAAUUUUCGAACGCGAGACUAUUUGCAAAGAAUUCAUCGUCGUUAAUAAAGCCUACAAGUAUCGGACAAGAAACAGCAAAGGAACAGCAAGAAAUUUCAUCCAGCACGCAAGCACCGUCGUCGUCGAUUAUCGAUGAAAUUUCGAAAAUGUCCAACAAAUCGAGCGUUUCCGAGGAAGAUCUAUUAUUAUUAUCGGAUGCAGUUAACGAAGGAAAAUCUGAAGGAGUAGUAGUAGUAAGGGCUGAAAAAGGCCCUAUCAUUAACGAUGAAUUGUUCAAUCUUGAACAUAAAGUUGUUAAAGUAUUACCCGACGAGAUAACAAAUGUCGAUGAAUUGGUAACAACAACUCCGUUACUGAGCGACACGGAAGCCAAUGCUCGAUUAAUGGGGCAUACCAGAGACGAAGCCGCUACAGUUGUUCUCGGUGAAGACGUCGUGUCGGUGAUACCUCAGGAUCCACACGAAGAUAUUCCAUCAUUCAGUGAGUGGACUCAAAAAAGGCUAGAAGAGGCUGAAAAGAAAAAAACGCAUCCAAACGCAUCUGUCCAAAAUUCCGGAGUUCCUACGCGAGGAGUUGGUGGAUUGAAGAUUCGUUCAAAGAAUUACGCUUCUCCAGAUUGCGGAGCCAAAGUCGUAGCAGCGAAUCCAGAAGCUCAAAGUGCCAGAAGUGUUCUAGCAUAUACUAGAGAUGAAUACAUGCUAAACACUUGCACGUCGCGCAUAUGGUUCGUGGUAGAACUCUGCGAGGCUAUACAAGCCAAAAAAAUCGAAUUGGCAAAUUUUGAACUGUUUAGUUCAUCGCCGAAGGAUUUUUCAGUGUACAUUAGCGAUCGUUUUCCUACAAGAGACUGGAGCUUAGUUGGUCAGUUCACCGCAAAAGAUGUAAAAGAUAUUCAAAGUUUUGUUUUACAACCUCAUCUUUUCGGAAAAUUCAUAAAAGUCGAAUUGCACACCUAUUACGGGUCUGAACAUUUUUGUCCCGUAUCCUUAUUUCGUGCUUACGGUACCAGUGAAUUCGAGGUUCUAGAAACAGAGACGGAGAAUCAAAUCUCAAGGGAUACCGAUACGAGUGCGCACGAUGAAGAAGAUAGCGACGAAGAAGAAGGUUUAGAUAUUGAAAUUGGUGAACCACCGAGAAAUUUAUUCGGUAGUGCUAGAGAUGCUGUAUUGAGUAUUGUAAAAAAAGCAGCUCAGGUGUUAGGAAAAUCCAAUGAAUUAAGUGGUGACAACAUUACGAGAAUCGAGCAAAGUAUAGAUAGCGGUAAUUUCUUCGAUAGCUCCUUUCAUGAUUGCACUACGCCAAGAUAUAAAAUUCUUUGCGAUGGUUGUUCUGAAGAGAAAAUCGCGAAGAUCUUCCAUUUAAUUAGUUGUAGAGAACGACAACUGGUUCAGUUAUUAAAAAUUGAUCUUCUAGACAAAACUUUACAACAAAGUGGAUUCUGUAAAAGUUACGGCGUGGAAAUUGACAAUUUUUCUAAAAGAAAUCUAGAGGAACAAGAUACAAUAGAGAAAUAUAAUCAAACCGAAGAAAGGUUUAAUUCGACAAAGAUUUUCCAAUUAAAAUUCUUAACGACUGUAUUUAAGUUUGAGUAUAUUGCAGCACUGUGCAAUAUAUUAGCGAUAGAAAAAGGUAAAGUGCUACUAAAUGGAAGCUAUGAAACACCGCUUAAUUACUUCAAAGAUAGUAGUAAGGAGGACGUAUCCCGUAAAGAUAACGAAGUCUACAAUAGCGAGACAAUUAAAUCAUUCGAACAUACUCCAUCUCUACAUACUACGAGUUCAAGUACUGAUAGUUAUAAAUCAGUGUCCUUUCAGGAGUUUCAAAAAAGUAAUCAAGAACUACACAGUCAAGAAACUGAUAAAUCUAUGGGUACGACUAUCGAAACGUCGUUCAGUCCUGAAAAUAUAGUUUUACAAAGUAAACCUACCAAAACUCUUAGUAAAGAAGAUAUAAGAAAUAUUUCCUCGGUUCCUAUUUUGGAAUCUAGCAAGGAUAGUAUCGAGGAAACAAUUCAAGCUGAAAUACUAACAACUACUCCCGCGUCUUUAAAUACUGGACAACAUACAAUUCUAAAAGCCUCCGAAGAGCCAGUGAUUACUCCUGGUACUUUAAUUGAAAAUCCAUCUCAAACAAUCGCUUCCGCUCCAAUAACUACCAUCGAAAAUAACGAAUUUCCGCAUGAUGAUGUUGUACCCGACGUGGAGCCCUUGAAUCUCACUGGUGUACAAAGCAAAGUGGAGAAGAUGGAACGUCUCGAUCAGGAAGGAAAACAAGAGCAACCAGAGAUUCUGGAUCAAGGAAUGAAAUUAUCGUCUCAAGAUUCUUUGACGUUCGACACGCUGUUAUCCGAUUUGAAGGAUUUAGAAGGAGACGCUAUGCAAAUACAAAAUGGGCCCGCUUCGAGUGCCUCGGUAACGCAGUCGACGAUAAAUAACAUGCCACAGAAAGAAUCUGUGUUUCUUAGAUUAUCUAAUAGAAUCAAGGCGUUGGAGAGGAACAUGUCCUUAAGCGGGCAAUACUUGGAAGAAUUAAGUCGUCGCUACAAGAAGCAAGUCGAAGAAAUGCAAAGAUCGCUCGAGCGGACAGUCUCAGCGAUGAGCGAGGAAACACGAAAAAUAGAGGAACGGGAAUCGAAGAGAGCAGAGGAAAUUGUUAUGUUGCGAAAAGAAAUAGAAAACCUUUCGAAAUCGGUAAAAAAUCUUCUAUACGAUCGGGAUAGUUGGCGUGGGAAAUUAUCGACGAUAGGUCAACACAUUUUAUUAGUAUGCUCCGAAGUCUUCAUAAUAUUCUUGAUUUUGUUGUAUUGUCAAGGAGGUAAAAAGAUCGAGGAAAAGAAAAAGCAACAAGUCACGAAAGACGUUAUGCGUCGCAAAAGUGCAGACACUUUUAGUUCACACUUGAAAAAACCAAAAAAGCGACGGCCAAGUGAGAUAGCUUCCAAUAUUACUGAUACGUACCGCGAGGUAGUUAAUAACGAUAGAUCUCAAGAAACUAAGAAGGCGAAAAGAAAAAAACGUAAAAAAGAAACCAUUCUCGGUAGUAAUAAUACUAAUGUAAAUAAUAACACAAACACGAGCUCAGGUAUACGCUGCAAACUUGCACCAAGUACUGAUACGGAUAAUGUAAAAGUAACAUCGAGGAGUGUUUCGUCGAUCGAAGUAUCGCAAACGAGUGAUUCUCAGAUACAGACUUUCAGAAGGCCAAGGUCUGUCCCCGAAAACACAACCAAUUGGUUCAACGAUUACGUUCUUGAAACAAAAUGCAAUGUUCCAUUAUCGCUAUCGAGCGAUGAGAAUUUCAAAGCUGGGUCUGUAAGGCACUCUGAGUUUAGUAGUUCGUGUAUUGAAAAUUUGAAUGAAUCGAGUUCAUUGUCGGUGAACAUGUACCCCAGAAGUGAUAUUUCAAGCGAAGAGACUGCUGUUGAAUUGUCGUCAGACAUUUCAAAUUUUUAUAAUAGUAAUGUCUUAAAGGGCUCGAAGCUAAAUACUGCGCCUUUCUUCAUGAAAACUGCUAUGAGUACGAGAAAGAAAAGAAAAGCUCAUUCUAAUUAUACGAAUGGAGAGCGGAGCCAGAAUUCAGGUGAUUCCGACGAUAAGUCUAUAAAAAUAGAUUCUACUGCUUCAAAGUCAUUUCCAGAGAAAUUUAGUACUUACGGUGAUACGACUACCGAUGUUUUGUUAGUAAACCAGAGCGAUGAAUCUAGAAGCAGUAGUGUCAUGUCAAUGUCUAAAAAAAAGGACAGAAAAAGUACUGGUUUCAGAAAGAUGGUGAGAAAAUUUUUUUGAUUGAAAUAGGCUGACUAGUUCGAAUUGAUGAACUUUGUAAAGUUUCUACUUAAGCGUAGAGUACGUUUGAUUCGAAUGCUACGCUCGUAUAAUAUUAUUAAAUAAAACGUAUAGUAUGAAAAUAUUAAGUUAUACUGCGGUUAGGCUUGUAUGAAAUUUUGUAUCAGUGGAUGUAAAUGUAACUAUUUAGUAAGUUAUUUUUAUGUAGGGCAGUUUAUAUAAGUAUGAUGACUUUAGCAUGGUGUAUUACUAGUAUCAUCUUGGAUUUCGACAAGACGUGCCUCCUUGGUACGGUUUUGUUUUGUCAUUAAUUUCAGAUCCGUCGUUGAUCCUGUUCUUCGUAUGAUUGUACAAGAAAUCAAUCGAACGAGGAAUAAAGAAAACAACAAUUACCUAAUUACAAAACGUGAAGGACGAAUGUAAAAGGUGGAGUUCUCAAUAACUUCGAUCCAUACACAUCUUCAAUCAGUAUUUCUGUAUAUGAACCGAUGUGGAUUGUUCUUUCGAUUAACCCCUGUUUUAAAAGAAACAACUGAUUUAUAUAUUGUUAUCAUAUACUGUACAUAAUUUAUAUUUACAUUAUGUUUAUUAUGAUAAAUAGGUUAUAAAGAUCUACGAUAACAAAAGCCCGCGUAUCGAACACCACAGAUGAAUUAUGUGAAUAAAAUGGUUUUACUCAAAUUAUUAUCUAAAUAAACAUUUAUUCGAAGUUAUUUAUUCUAAUAAGGUCCAACUGUGGUACGAAGUCAACAUAGUUGUUUUGUUGAAGUAUCGAUAAUAUUUGUUGUUCAAUCGAUACUGCAAGAAAUAUUAACAAAUACAGUCUAUCCUAAGUGUCGCGGUUAUCAUAAGGUCGUGUUCGUUAUGUAUUUCCAUUCAAGAUAUCUCAUGAAAUAUAGAAGGUUAGACUUAAUAUUACCAGACCGAUACGCGUGCAGUACCAGAAACAUAAAUAAUUUAAGAUUUGAAAUCUCCCAAGAUCGAUGUAUCUUAAAGAAGAGUGUAUGAAUAAAAAUUACCUUCCUCGGAUGGUUUCACUAUUGCACGCGAUUUGGUAGCCACUUAUCCAAAGAUAACUACGUACUGUACUAGAAAAUUAUCUUAGCAUUCUACAACUUUAGAGUCAAUUUUUAGAUAGGGCGUCAUCCAUAGGACACAAAAAUGCAGUUGCUCGGAAUAGUUCAUGUGGAAUUCCUAUGCUAUAAAUUGUAGUGUGAAAAAUAAAACCAAUCAAUAUUGCA